AUGUCGGAUAUCGUACAUAACCCGGCGAUCCAGCGGGCAGAGCUUUUGGUUCCCAAACCUUUUGCCGCCCGCAUCUACGUGUGGCCGUUUGGAAUUGUCUACCCGCUUUUUUUGCAGGUGUACCUCAACCACUACGACAAGUAUAUUGGCGGAUCAGAAUGGACUUUCGUCUACUUGAUGGCCAUCUGCUCGGUCAACCUCUUGUUUUGGUUGAUGCCGCACUGGAACAUCGACAUUGACGCCAAGUUCAACUACUCGCGUGUUGGGCUGAUUGCUCAAGCGUCGCAUGUCAAGAUCACGCCUGCUCCCAACAGCGGGAUCGGCGAGAUCUGCCCCAUUGUACGUGAACAGUUCGCCGACGGCGAGAAACAAGUGUCUUUUUUGUACCAGAAGAGACGCCACUUGUUCCACACGGAGCAGGGCAAGUUUUCGCCGCCUGAAUUCAAGGUUGACGAGUUGCCUCCUUUGGAAGUUUUCCAAUCCGCCACCGGCUUGCAAGGCGACUUGGAGAAGCUCACCAGAAACUACGGCUCCAACCGCUUUGAUAUUCCGAUCCCAACGUUCAUGGAGUUGUUCAAGGAGCACGCCGUGGCGCCUUUCUUUGUGUUUCAAAUCUUCUGUGUCGCCUUGUGGUGCAUGGACGAACAGUGGUACUACUCUUUGUUCUCCUUGUUCAUGUUGGUUUCCUUUGAAAUGACCACCGUCUUCCAAAGAAGAACCACCAUGGGUGAGUUCCAGUCGAUGGGCAUUAAGCCUUAUGACGUCUACGUGUACAGAGACAAGAAAUGGGUCCAGUUGCAGACCGACCAGUUAUUGCCUGGCGACGUGAUUUCCGUCACCAGAACAAACGAAGAAAGUGCGUUGCCUUGCGACUUGUUGUUGCUUGAUGGAACCGCUAUUGUCAACGAAGCCAUGUUGUCCGGCGAAUCGACGCCAUUAUUAAAAGAGUCCAUCCGCUUGAGACCCGGAAACGAGUUUUUGCAGCCCGAGGGUCUUGACAAGAACUCUCUCUUGCACGGCGGAACCAUGGCCUUGCAAGUGACUCCUCCUGAGAACCCGCAGAUUCCAUUGGCCCCAGACCACGGUGCAUUGGCAUACGUGUGCAAGACUGGGUUUGAGACCUCGCAGGGAUCUUUGGUCCGUAUGAUGAUUUUCUCCAGCGAAAGAGUAUCUGUCGGCAACAAGGAGGCCUUCUUCUUCAUUUUGUUCUUGUUGGUUUUUGCCAUUGCUGCGUCUUGGUAUGUCUGGGUCGAAGGUACCCGUAUGGGCCGUAUCCAGUCGAAAUUGAUUUUGGAUUGUAUUAUUGUUAUCACCUCGGUCGUGCCUCCGGAAUUGCCCAUGGAAUUGACCAUGGCCGUGAACGCUUCAUUGUCUGCCUUGCAAAAGUACUAUAUUUACUGUACGGAACCCUUCCGUAUCCCAUUGGCCGGAAGAAUUGAUGUUUGUUGUUUUGACAAAACCGGAACAUUGACCGCUGAAGACUUGAAUUUCGAAGGUUUGGCCGGCUUUAAGGAUGACGACUUGCACCAUCUUUUCUCAUGUGAAGAGGCACCAGAAACAACCUCUUGGGUUUUGGGAUCUGCACAUGCUUUGGUCAAGUUGGACGACGGAAAAGUGGUUGGUGACCCUAUGGAACAAGCCACUUUGAAAGCCGCCCACUGGGAUGUUGGUACCAAAGAUACCGUGGAAAGAAAAAAGGAAAAGAACAAGCUGGAGAGUGUCAAGAUUUUGCGCCGUUUCCAAUUCUCGUCUGCUUUGAAAAGAUCUUCUGCCAUCACUUCGAUCAACACUCUUAAGGGUAAGCACUUUGUUGCAGUGAAGGGUGCUCCAGAGACUCUUCGUUCGAUGUUGGUGGAUGCUCCUGCUCACUACGAAGAAUGUUACAAAUCUUUCACCAGGGCCGGCUCUCGUGUGUUGGCAUUGGGAUACAAGUACUUGAAUACCGAAGUCCGUGUUACCCAGGUCAAGAGAGAAGAAAUCGAAUCUGAAUUGCACUUUGCUGGUUUUAUUGUGUUCCACUGUCCUUUGAAGGAUGAUGCUAUUGAGACUAUUGAGAUGUUGAACGAGUCUUCCCAUCGCUGUGUCAUGAUCACAGGUGACAAUCCAUUGACUGCUUGCCACGUGGCUAAGGAGGUUAAGAUUGUUGAUAAGGAGGUUUUGAUUUUGGAUGCGCCUGAAGAACAUCACGAGAUUCAGAAUGAUGAAAACUUGGUUUGGAGAAACGUUGACGAGUCAACUGUUAUUCCUUUCAAGAGCACUGACUCGAUUGAUUUUGAAUUGUUCAAGAAGUAUGAUAUUUGUAUCACCUGGAUCGCGCUCUGA